GUUGGUGCGAUAGAAGAAGUGAUAAAAUCCAAAUUUUAUUGAUUGGAAGGGCUUAUGGUGGGAUUAAACAACUGCUGUAAUAGCCUGCUACGAUAUGGCUUCUGCCCUUGAAGACAUAAAAAGAUCAAGUUUGGAUAAAGAUGCUGCAAACUCUCCGAUUCGACAACUUCCAACUUCUGAUUCGAGGCCUUUGUCUUCGAACGCGAUAUUAACAAAGCUUCAUCUACCACCGAUUGACGUGAAAGAAUCGCAAAAGUCACUGAAUACUGUGCAAGAUAAAGACAUGAUCAAGAUUUUGUGUUUGAAAUGUGAGGAAGAGGUUAAAGUUAGAGAGCUUCCAAGCCACAGGGAGUUCCAUUUCGCUUUGAGUUUAUUUAAGUACACGAUGGAAACUCUACCAUUCGGUGUUAAACAACUUUUGAAACGCCGAAGAGCUCUCAUAAAGCGGUUGAAUGAGACUGCAACCUCGGAAAACCCAGUUUCGAUAAAGAAACUCAGCAGACUGAACAUUGUCUAUGAACUUUUGAAAGCUACGAUAGAGGGAACAAAGACAAUUUCCCCAGAAGUGGAAAAUUAUAAACCCAAUAUCUGUGGCUACAGCACGCGAUUGAGCUGCGCCUUGGCUUUUGGUGUUUGUGAAGAGAGGAAUGAAAGAUGGCGGUCCAAAAUGGAAGAUCGCUAUAGUUACCAAGAUUAUUUCUGCAACGAUCCACAAAGUGGAUUUUUUGCUGUUUAUGAUGGUUAUAACGGAGCCAUUGCAGCCGAGAAGUGCGCGCGCUACUUCCACGAAAUCCUUUCUGACAAAAUUGAACCAGUUUAUCGAUCAGAUUCGUCACACAAAGAAGUCGAGAACCAAAUAGUAACAGCUUUUAAGGAAACCUACGACGAAAUGGAUAAAUUUCUACUUUUUGGUGUAAAUGAAAAUUCAAGAAAUCGUUGGAGUGGUUGCUCUGCGCUUACUUGUCUCUUAAGAGGAAAUAACCUAUAUGUUGCAAAUGCAGGAACCGUUCGCGCCAUUUUAUGCAAAGGUGAUGGCUCCGUUGUCCAGCUGUCACGUGACCAUACCCCAUUAAACAAGAAGGAAAGAAAAAGGAUAACUAAAAAUGGACAAGUGUCAACUAGUGAAAAAUCUAUCUUAGUGAAUGGACUGUUGUCGAGUACAAGAGGCUUGGGUAACCAUGGUGACCCAUCUUUAAAGUCGGUUGUCAUUCACCACCCAGAUGUCAAAUGCGUCCCACUUGACGAGUCUGACCAGUUCCUCAUUUUUGCUUCAAAUGGCAUCUGGGAAGUUUUUGAUGAACAAGAAGUUUUGCUUCUUCUUGAUGAUAUAAUACCUGAACUUGAUGUGAAAGCUGUAGUGCGAAGGAUGCAAAAAUCCAGAUCAAACAAAGCAAGUCGCUCUAGUGGAAAUACUCCAGGGAGUGAAAAAAUGAAAGAAAAUCCUCCCACUUCUGAGCCCACAGACCAGAAUAAACACACAGACAACUUAGAAAACUUUGAACCAUCAGAAGAUAUUGGAAAAUCAUUAAAAGAUACUCCUAGUAGUGGAAGAACAAUUUCCUUUAUUCGAAGAGAAGAGAAAAGUGUUGCACUGGCAAAGGCUUUGAGUGAGCGCUUGGUGGAAAGUGCUCUGCUAGCUGGGUGUAAGGAUAAUGUGACUGUGGGCGUUGUAUUGUUGAAAGGAUGCCCUUUACAAAUGUUUCUCUUGCCAUCAAUAAAUUAACAAUACCUGAUACAAUAUUAUAAACACAACACCAAAUUAGUUUAAAAGUUCUCAAUAUCUUUCAGCAUAUAUUACAGUAGAUAAUUUAGUGUGAAUUUAGGGAUAUGCCAAUUCACCAUCCAUUAAAAUUAAUACCUGAAUCAAUCAAUCCACAAAAAAAUGCUAACACAUAAAUCUGAAAAUCAAACAUAAACCAUUCCUGGAGUGGAUGAAUAACGAGCAAAAGAAAAAAAAAAGAAAAAAAAAAAAAAAAAAAAAAAAAAAAAAAAAAAAAAAA